ACAUGGUGUGAGGAGCCCAUUUCCACACAUAACCAGCAGCUAGAAGGAGGUUCUUUGAGCUUGGCCCGCUGGAUUUUUCUGCACGCCUGGCUGUGAUGCCCUCGUUUAAACUGGCUGUAAUCGGUGACUGCAGUUGCUUGUUUAGCGCGGUAGAGGGCAGUGUGCGUUCCACACUGGUAAUCACUCGCAUCUCUCUUGUUCCCGCAGCUCCCCUCUGGUCUGCUGUCCAGCGGCUCCGCUCCCAGAGCACGUCACCUCCACAAGGAUAUGUUCCUAAGACAUCCCUGAGUUCACCGCCUUGGCCAGAGAUUGUGCUGCCCGACCCCGUGGAGGAGACAAAGCACCAUGCAGAGGUCGUGGGCAAGGUGAACGAGCUGAUCGCCACGGGCCAGUACGGCAGGCUCUUUGCCGUGGUGCACUUCGCCGGCCACCAGUGGAAAGUGACCAGUGAGGACCUGAUUUUGAUUGAAAAUGAGCUGGACGCCGCCUGUGGCGAGAGGAUCCGCCUGGAGAAGGUCCUGCUGGUUGGGUCUGACAACUUCACGUUACUUGGCAAGCCGCUCCUUGGAAAGGAUCUUGUUCGAGUAGAAGCCACAGUCGUUGAAAAGACAGAAUCAUGGCCAAAAGUCAAUAUGAAAUUCAAGAGAAGGAAAAACUACAGGAGAAAAAGAAUUAUUGUCACACCACAGACGGUGCUCCGAAUAAACACCGUGGAGAUCGCUCCCUGCUUGUUGUGACGGGAGCUCAUGUUUACAGAUGCACAAAAAUAAACCCCUUUUCGCAGGAGACGGGGUUUGUGUUCCCUACAGGAAGCCGUGUGAGCCUGUUACGCGCGGUCGUUUACCUCAGCACCGUGGUGACAGGCCUGUUCUCAGCACACACCGCCUGCUCCUGGAGCCAGAGAAAACAGGACUCGGGGAAGAAUUACAAGUGUGGCCGCUGAGGGUCUGCGUGCCUGCGGAAAAGACAGAAUCGCGCUCUUGGCCAUCUCCCCCCUCCCCUCCGGCUGGGCGUGGGGCACAGCUGGGACCAGGACCCACUGUCAAGAGAGGCGCCAUCUAGACUUCAUUUCUGGGCAAGAUGAGCAGAACAUGAGACUUCCA